GUUGGACGAGGGUUGGAUAGGGAGGGAGGCUCGUUGAAGCCCCGCCAUAAUGGUGCACUAUCUUCUUCUAGGUAUCUUGCGGCGAGCGCCUGGCACUGCCAGCAAUCGCUGCUUGUGGCCUUGUGCAGCUGCCAGAUAGUUCUUGUAAUACGUACCGCAACAUCAGCUUUUUUUUUUUUUACUAGUAUCUCUCGCGCUGGCGCCCGCGCUACGCACCUGAAGAUUUGAUGACGAUACCCAAGCUCUGGAGAUGCCCCCGUCACUAGAGAUCAUGGACCUAAUCCUGUCCAUUGCAUUGCCCUAAUUAAUCUCUUCUUCUUCUUCUCCUCCUCUCACUUCCCAAGAUGGCAUCGCUUCGGUCGCCUGUGCCUUCGGUCGGGCUAUUGCGCUUUCUCCGCCGCCAAACAGAGAGCCUCAACCUUUCCUGUCCACGCCGCAAUGUCUCUUCAUUCCCAGCAGGACAACUUCAACCCCGCAAGAACAAGUGUAUAGCCCGGUACCAGUCAGCCCCUCUACGGGAAACUUCACUGGGCCCCCAAUCCCUUGUUCUGUCCCGGAGCUCCCGAGCGGCCAGGAUCAAGCGUUCGCCUUAUCCGAAUAUUGCUUUGCGCUGGAAGCAUGACUCCUCAGGUCGUCAACUAACGCCAUGUAAGCCGACAUGGCAAGAACGGCUCUCGGGAAUAUGGGAACCACGUGCGCGACGACCUGGCCAACCACUGGAACCUGAUGAUCUCCCCGAAGCCCAUGGUGAGGGUGGUAAUAAUUCCAUGUUCAACACACCCCGCCAACUCAGUAAGAAGGCUGCCUCCGAGCCCCGACUUCGCUGUACCGAGGUGGAUGAGAAUGGCAAUGUCAUAUUGAUAGAUGGCGAGUUCAAGAAAACCGAGUUGAUUGCGAGGUUUGGUCUCCUACCCCGUGAUCUGCGCAAAAUCGACUCGUCCAAUCUUCCGCAUAUUCUCGUCCGUCCUACCUCAAUACUUCUCAACCUGCUCCAUCUGAAAGUGUUAAUCAAACACAAUCGAGUACUCCUUUUUGAUGUCUAUGGUACGAAGGCGUCUUACCCCCAGUCUGCUUUUAUGUACGAUCUGCAAGGCAAACUCCAGCAGAAGACAGCAGCAACGAAUGGCGGUCUUCCGUACGAGUUCCGCGCUAUUGAGGCUGUAUUACAAUCUGUCACACAGGAGCUAGAAGCCGACUUCGAGGCCGUGCGAGACCCUGUCAUUCGCAUUCUAGGCGAGCUAGAGGACGACAUCGAUCGACAUAAACUGCGUGUUCUUCUUAUCCUCUCUAAACGGGUUAGCACGUUUGAGCAAAAAGCGAAGCUUGUUCGUGAUGCCAUUGACGAGCUUCUUGAAGCCGACGAUGACCUAGUAGCCAUGUACCUGACCGAGAAGACGCAUGACAUUCAGCGACAACUUGAUGAUCAUACAGAGGUGGAGAUGUUGUUGGAAUCCUACUAUAAACUCAGCGAUGAAAUCGUGCAAGAAGCGCAAAACUUGGUGUCAUCGAUUCGCAAUACCGAGGAAAUCAUCCGUGCCAUAUUAGACGCAAAUCGCAACUCUCUAAUGCUGCUUGACCUGAAGUUCAGCGUGGGCACAUUGGGUUUGGCUAUGGGCACUUUUAUCGCUGGAUUAUACGGUGCCAACCUGGAGAACUUUAUCGAAGAGACAAACUGGGGCUUCGGCGUAGUCACUGGUGCCUCCAUCAUAAUGUCCCUCUUGGUGUGCAAGUACGGUCUCUCGAAAUUGCGAAACCUGCAGCGCAUCAAAAUGCAGGGCGAAGCACCACCCGGUCGAGAUAGAGAGUACCACUGGUUCCACGACGACGGCCACGUUGGAUUACUGGAUCCUCGGAAUCGCGAGAAACUACGGCGCCUUCAGAUGAUGAAGGCUGACGACAGAAAGACUCCUAAGAAAAGCUGGUGGUGAGCUAGCUGCCAGCUAAGUGUAAUUUUGCCCUACAGCUCAGGGGUAGUGUAACAAUUAUGUGUAGGAAUGAGUGACGUAUCUCACAACUGCUUGUAGAUAGAGGAACUGGCGUUUUAUGUGAGGAGGGGCCCUUCUGUAGACUACCUAGGCUGUCGAGCUCACGACUUUGUCAUUUUGCGAGGAUCAUUCCCAUCUCUAAGCGUCAUUCGGGCAAAGACAAAGAACAAUCAAGUAAUAGCAUCCGGUAUAUACCCAUUAUAGAGCUAGGAACACUAUCUAUACUAUAUUGAUGCAACUAUA